AUGCUCCCCUGUGCGCGGCGUAUCGAAGCAUCGCCUGUAUCGGAGCGCGUCGCGUGCCAGCCGCCGCGGCAGUCGGCCCGCGCCUCCCGCCAGCCUCUGCGACCGCCAUCACCAAGCGUGCCCCGACCGAAACCUUACCGCGGCAUAUCUAGAAAAUGUUUACAGGAAGCUCCGCGAAGAGCUUUCCGCGCGCAACACAGCUGUACAAGUAGCAGUCGAGUGAAAAUGAAUGGCCCAAGAUCUGAUGCGUCCACUUCAACGGAUGACCUAAAGGACCGUCCCCUGUGCCUGUUCUACUUCACGCACCCUUUCGGCGUGCUGUCCCCGGAGCCGCCCACCGUGGCCGCGGCGCCCGCGCACGUGGCGCGCGCCUUCCUCAACAUGGAGCCCGUGUCACCGCUGCACUUCUGGUCCUCCACCGCCGACUCCUACGACACCAACACCACCGCGUCCUCCGACAAGCUCAGCUUCGACCUCGGCAACGCCAGGGUCCACAAGAACCCGGUCAAUCUCGUCAGCGUCGCGAAAACGCGCAAGUGCACCAUCGAUCUAGGAAUACCACGAGACACGAUUUCCUCCUCGCUGCUGUCCAGCGACAUUUGGUUCAGCUCGGGCUCGAGCUCCAGGAGCUACGAGUACGCGCGGCGCCUGGUCCCGUACAACAGGAUCCUGCCGCCUCUGCAGCUCCCGGCGCCGCAGGACACGUCCACGGCCGACAGCUCCGACGACCUGUGGCCGAUCAAGUGCAUGAACCCCGCGAGGUUCUCGCUCCCGCCGAUAAAAAUGCCUAAAGCAAAAGUGACCAAAACGAAAACAAUAGUGAACAGAGUGAUGGAUGAAGUAUCUAGUGUUGAAAGUGUCUGUCUAAAAGAGGUGAAGUGCAGAAAAAUAGUGGGUGUGAAGAAACACAAAAAGCGGACACACGCGGCGCAGCUGAGUGGCGUGCGGCGCAUGCUCACGCGCCUCAUGCGGCGUGCUGUUAAAGUGGGGCGUAAAGUGUUUUAUGUCGAGCACGUGAAAAAUAAACAUAGGUGUCGUAGGAGUGAUCGGUGA